GCGCAGAUUUGAGAGCAUUUCUAAAUACAUUCAGCCAUUAUUAUGAACUCUUUUUUGAUCCGUGUGUUUCUUUUCUCAUUCUAUGUUUUGGAGGAAUGCCAGGGGAAGUCCCACCCUAAGCCUUCUUGUGGUUAUCCCCCUUCACAGUGGUGCAGGACUCUGGAAAUCGCAGUGGAGUGUGGCGUUCAGAAGCAGUGUAUGGAGCUGCUUGCCACCAGGCCAGACCCAUCCAUGCCUCCUGUCGAGGUAACUGUGUACUAUGAAAGUCUCUGCCCAGGCUGUAGAUCCUUCCUGACUGAACAGCUCUUUCCAACCUGGACGAUGCUCAGAGACAUUAUGAGGGUACACCUGGUGCCCUAUGGCAAUACAAAGGAACUUCCUGAACUGAACUCAUUCUCAUGCCAGCACGGUCAGCCAGAGUGUCAAGCCAACAUAAUUGAGGCAUGCAUCUUAAAUGUGACCAACCACGGAGCGUUUCCAGUUAUUCACUGCAUGGUGUCCUCAUCAGACGUGAUUACAGCAGCUCCUUCUUGUUUGCAGUUGUAUGCCCCAUCUGUGGAAUGGGGGACCAUAGAGUCCUGCGUAAAAGGAGAUCUUGGCCAUAUUCUAAUGCAUGAGAACGGUGUGAAGACUCGGUCUCUCAGUCCGGCCCACACACAUGUUCCUUGGGUCACUUUUAACGGGGUGUACACAGAUGACUUGGAAGACAAAGCAAUGUCAACUCUCUUCAACCUUGUCUGCAAGCUGUAUGAAGGAAUCAAGCCUCCCGUCUGCACUGGAGCCCUAAAGAAGCUGAACCGAAGCUUUUGUUAAACAUUUUGUUAAAAACUGUCAUAUAGUGUAAACUGAUCUACCUAUGCAGAGUGAAUAACUUUACAUGUACACAUACAUUUACAUUUAUAUAUACACAUUUAUACUUCAUAUUUACAUCACUAGAGCUUGAUUAUUCUUCAUUAAUUCUCUAAUUGGUUGCUAAUUGUGUAUACCAAUAAAGCAGAAUAGUACUGA